UUUCCAAAACGUAACAUGUUAACUUUUAACACGUUAAUGUGUGUUUACACAAUUAUUGCAGUUUGUUUGGCUUCAAUUUUUGGAUCAGUGUCUUGUGAUUACGGUACAAAGGGACGAGAGAACAUGGCAAGCAGUAUUUUCGAAAGCGAAAAUGGAAUAUGUUUGGGCUCAAAUUGCUUAGAAGAAACUGGAAGUGAUGUUUCCGGCGCAAUGUGGUUUGGACCUAGAUUAGGACGUCGACGGAGAUUCGAAGAAAAAAUUUCCCUGGACGAUGAUAAAAUGAAUACUAUUACUGAUGGAAUCAAUUUGAAUGGUUGGCCAAUACAAUUUUAUCCAGGUGCCGGAUUUAAACGACAAGCACCUCAAUUCACUCCCCGUCUUGGACGCGAAUUGGCAAAUGGAUCAUCGAAAAAGUACAUAAGCUAUGAUGAUGUUGGAAGUCGUUCUUUCUUGUUAGACAAUAACGAAGACUUAUUUGAUAUACAGCAGCGUGUCAGAUCAUUAUCUAUUCCGUUGACAUCUGAUUUUCAUUUUCAUCAUCAUCUGCCAGUUUUAUUAACACGGCUUGGUCGCCAAAUGAUGUUUCAACGAAAAAUUUAAAAUAUAAAAAAACAUUU